CCGCGGGCCGUGGGCCCAGCACACUGGGGCUUUGUCCAGCCCCCCGCCACGACCCACGGGGGAGGGGGACCCCACAUGACCAAGGGGGUACUUCCUGGACUCUACCUUGGAAACUUCAUUGAUGCCAAAGACCUGGAUCAGCUGGGACGGAAUAAGAUUACACACAUCAUAUCUAUCCAUGAGUCACCCCAGCCUUUGAUGCAGGAUAUCACCUACCUUCGCAUCCCAGUGGCUGAUACCCCUGAGGUACUCAUCAAAAAGCACUUCAAAGAAUGUAUCAACUUCAUCCAUUGUUGCCGUGUCAAUGGGGGGAACUGCCUUGUGCACUGCUUUGCAGGCAUCUCUCGCAGCACCACCAUUGUGACGGCCUAUGUGAUGACAGUGACCGGGCUAGGCUGGCGGGAAGUGCUGGAAGCCAUCAAGGCCACCCGGCCCAUCGCCAACCCCAACCCAGGCUUCAGGCAGCAGCUUGAAGAGUUUGGCUGGGGGAAUUCCAGGAAGAUCCGCCGGCAGCUGGAGGAGCGCUUCGGAGAGAGCCCGUUCCGCGACGAGGAGGACUUGCGCGCGCUGCUGCCACUGUGCAAGCGCUGCCGCCAGGGCUCGGUGACCUCGGCCGCGUCGUCCGCGUCGCACGCCACCGCCUCGGAGGGGACCCUGCAGCGCCUGGUGCCGCGCGCGCCGCGGGACGCCCACCGGCCGCUGCCGCUGCUGGCGCGGGUCAAGCAGACUUUCUCCUGCCUCCCGCGGUGUCUGUCUCGCAAGGGCAGCAAGUGAGGGGCCCGCCUGGUCUCCCCUCUUCCCACGGGCCACUUCGCGGGCUGGCUGGAUCCCCCUGGCCCAGAGGCUGUGGGAGCUCCGCGGCGGCCUCAUUCCUGUCCCACAAUGUCCCCCUGCUCAUCCGCGUUCGCAGUCAGUGUGUACCCCGCCCCCUUUGUGUCUGUGUCCGGGCAGGCCUGCUGCAGCCACCUGGUGCCUUAGUCCUUGGGCUGGGGGGGAGGGGUCCCGGCCUCCGCUGCUAGAGGCGCGGGGGCGGGAAGUGCGGGUAAGUGGAUGGGUGGGAGGGGGUGGACGGGCCUAGAGGAUAUUAAAGAGACACAGAAGUUGCCUGU